AUGGUUUAUUUAAAGGACUUUGAAUAUUUUAGGCCGAAGGCAACAAAGAUUUCCUAUUUGCAAACAUUUGAAGGCACCACCAACACCGCAAGAAAGUUUGAAUCAACAACUCCCAGAACCGCAUCAAAGGAUACCACAUGGGUUACAAUUUUGAUGCCUUAUAUCCGUGAUUAUUGUGCUACAGCUUCGAUACAGGGCAUACGCUAUUUGACACAUCCGGAAUUUAAGUUGUAUGAAAAAAUCAUUUGGUUUUUUAUCAUGGUGGCCACCAGUAUUGCCUGUAUUUUUGUCUACAUCGAUUUGGCCGAAUUAUAUCAAACUCAGAGAAUACAGACAACAGUUUCGGAUUCAGUAUAUCCCGUAUUUUUUGUACCCUUCCCAUCGAUUGGUUUAUGUCUACCGUAUCGUAUUGAUUGGCAACGACUGAAAAAAGAAGCUCCCCAAAAAUUCCUACCGGCCAAUGCCAGUCGAGAGACUUUGUACACUUUUCAUGAGUUUUUCGAUGAAAUUGGUGACAUGAAAUUUUCAAAUAUAAUGGAAAUAUCACCGUUAUUCGAACGAUAUACAAAACUCAAUUUGAGUCUUAUUGACGAUGUGGAUAUCUUAAAAGUUGUCGAAUUCUUAACACUACCCUGUACAGAGGUUUUUGAAGGUAACUGUACUUGGCGCAAGACCACCUAUAAUUGCUGUGAUCUUUUUUCGUUGGAGCGUACGGAGACAGGUAUUUGUUAUGUCUUCAAUUCAGCUGUAUCUCCAAAGGAUAAAGAGAGAAUGGAAAAGGAUCCCUAUUAUCCCUAUCACAAUUCUAAAUCAGGUGACGGCACUGGCUUGCAGGCGAGAAUGAUAAUCGAUGAGGAAAAGAUAAGCCCCAAAUUUGAAGGAUUUUUGGGUAUAUAUGUAAUGAUCAAACAAGCCCAACAAUGGAGUGCCGAUGUAAAAUUUGUUAAUUAUAAUACAUACACCAAGUUGGGUAUAGGCUCUCAACUAACUGAGACAACUAACAGAACCAGAGACGUACCACCCGAAGAUCGUCAUUGUAUAUUCGAGGACGAAGUAAACCAUCAUCUGUAUAAAAAAAUACCAGGUCUGCAAUAUUGGAGUGGCAAUUGUCGCACACGAUGCCAUCAAGAAUAUUUGGUUAAGCUUUGCAAAUGUAAUUUGAAUUUACUUUUUCCGACAACAAAAUCUGAUAACUUUACAAUUUGCAAACCAUCGGAUUUCAAAUGCAUCUACGAUCACGCAAAUAUUUUCAGCAUGGAAUACCACGAACUGGAGAGCUUGUACAUUGAUGGCAUUGGCAACGAUAGCAUGACUUGCAACUGCCUCAAUAAUUGUAUCCAAUUACUGUACAAUGGAUUCUUCAAUAGUGCCCCCCUUGAAGGUAUCAACUAUACGGACUCUAUUAAAUAUGUACACAUGGAUAUCCAUUUCCAAACACCUUACAUUUUGAAAUAUCGCACGUCGAUGAGGUACACAUUUGUGGAGCUCUUAGCUAAUUUUGGAGGAAUAAUCGGCCUAUUUCUGGGAGCAUCAAUGCUUAGUGCCAUUGAAUUGUUUUAUUACUUUACAAUAGGCAUGUACGCUCGUUUACAAAAGCCUCUUAAAGAAGUGCUAGCUCAAAGGAAAGCAACUCCAUCCAAAAAGAAGCAUUUUAAAAAAUCUAAAUCGAAUAAUGUUAUUUUUUAUAAAUAUUGA